UUGAACCGUCGGCGUGGUUCCCGGCCCAGCUCAGGGCGAGCGACCGCCGGCGGCGCUGACGCUCUGCGCGUUCCGUCAUGGACUACCGGCGGCUGCUGAUGAGUCGGGUAGUCCCGGGGCAGUUCGACGACGCCGACUCCUCCGACAGUGAAAAAAUGGACUUGAAGACAAUCAAAGAGGAAGAUGGCAUUCUGUUUGAAGACUUUCAAAAUAAUGUGAAUGAGAAGAUAUAUGAAGGUGAGAUAGAAGAUGAGGAGGAAGAUUAUGAUGAUGACGAUGAUUGGGACUGGGAUGAUGGAGUUGGAAAACUCACCAAGUGUUAUAUCUCAAAUGGAGGGCGUAACCCACAGGCAAAUCGACAGCCUUCCAACUGUAAUUCAUCCAAAAUGUCUACUCCAGCAGACAAGGUCUUACGGAAAUAUGAGAAUAAAAUUAAUCUAGAUAAGCUAAAUGUUACUGAUUCUGUCAUAAAUAAAGUUACCGAAAAGUCUAGACAAAAGGAAGCAGAUAUGUAUCGCAUCAAAGAUAAGGCAGACAGAGCAACUGUAGAGCAGGUGUUGGAUCCCAGAACACGAAUGAUAUUAUUCAAGAUGUUGACUAGAGGAAUCAUAUCAGAGAUAAAUGGCUGCAUUAGCACAGGAAAAGAAGCUAAUGUAUACCAUGCUAGCACAACAAACGGAGAGAACAGAGCAAUCAAAAUUUAUAAAACUUCUAUAUUGGUGUUCAAAGAUCGGGAUAAAUAUGUAAGUGGGGAAUUCAGAUUCCGUCAUGGCUAUUGUAAAGGAAACCCCAGAAAAAUGGUGAAAACUUGGGCAGAAAAAGAAAUGAGGAAUUUGAUCAGGCUAAACACAGCAGGGAUCCCAUGCCCAGAACCUAUCCUGCUAAGAAGUCAUGUUCUUGUCAUGGGUUUCAUUGGUAAAGAUGACAUGCCAGCACCACUCCUGAAAAAUAUCCAGUUAUCAGAAUUUAAGGCUCGGGAGUUGUACCUGCAGGUCAUUCAGUACAUGAGAAUAAUGUAUCAGGAUGCCAGACUCGUCCACGCAGAUCUUAGUGAAUUUAACAUGCUGUACAGUGGUGGGGGUGUGUACAUCAUUGAUGUUUCUCAGUCUGUGGAGCAUGACCACCCGCAUGCCUUGGAGUUCUUGAGAAAAGAUUGUGCCAAUGUCAAUGAUUUCUUUUUGAAGCACAGUGUUGCUGUGAUGACGGUGCGGGAGCUCUUUGAAUUUGUCACAGACCCAUCGAUUACACCAGAGAACAUGGAUGCUUAUCUCUCAAAGGCCAUGGAAAUAGCGUCUCAAAGGACCAAGGAGGAAAGGUCCAGCCAGGAGCAUGUGGAUGAAGAGGUGUUUAAGCGAGCAUAUAUUCCUAGAACCUUGAAGGAAGUAAAAAAUUAUGAGAGGGAUAUGGAUAUAAUGAUGAAAUUGAAGGAAGAGGACAUGGCCAUGAAUGCCCAACAAGACAAUAUUCUAUACCAAACCGUCACAGGACUGAAAAAAGAUUUGUCAGGCGUUCAGAAGGUCCCUGCACUCCUAGAAAAUCAGGUUAAGGAAAAGAAUUGCUCCGAUUCAGAAGAUGAUGGAAGCUCUGAGUGUUCUGACGCAGAUUCUGAAGAGCAGGGAGACCGUGCGCGCUCCAGGAAACCCACCGCUGACCUUGACGUUGAUAGAAAGGAAAGGAAAAAGAUGGUCAAGGAAGCUCAGAGAGAAAAAAGAAAAAACAAAAUUCCUAAACAUGUGAAAAAAAGAAAGGAGAAGACAGCCAAGACCAAAAAGGGCAAAUAGAGUCAGAACUGUAUUACAUGCAGUAAUUUCCCGUCAGUUCCUUUUCUUGCCUGUCCUCUAAGCUGCGUCGGGAAGACAGGGUAUGAUUUUAACCGAGCGGUCAUUAUGGCGAUGUCUACAAAGACUUAUUCAAGUGUUCUCAUGUAAUUAUGUAGAAAGCUCUAAGCUCUGUUGUCCAGAUCCAGUCACUGACUCAGUCUGGUAUUGACAGAGAAUUUAUUUAAACUAUUUUAAUGGAGAACUUUGUACAGUUUCAGUUUUAUAUAUUUUUCUCCUCCAGUAUGUAUUUUGAAGCAUUGUAAAUAUUUAAAUGUAAUGAAUGUCCACAACCUCGAUGUAAGAAUAAAGGCACUUCUGACAAACUUGGCCAAUUGUUUUGCUUUGUUUGUACAUGCCGAAGCCCCAUCUGAAGUCACAUGAUUAGAAGGCCAUGGUUUCUACAAAAGGGAGUUUCACUUUUGGGAGAAUUCAUCUGGCUGUUGAUGAAAUCAUUCACUGCAACUUUAUUCUUUGAUGAUCAUUUAUAAUAUACUCUUCAUCCUUAGUAUUCUUUUUUGAGCUAGCACCUCCCAGUUUAUAAGCUAUUU